GUGUAAGCGCUUAAUUGUCGGUCCUGACGAAAACUUGCGGUGAGGCUUAAAUACUGCGUGCGCCUCUCGCAUUCAGAGUGGAAGUGACCAACUUGUAGGAGCGGACAUCUAUCUCCCUGUGUUCCUCCACGCACACGCACACAUCCAUCCAUCCAUCCCUCCAUCCCUCCAUCCACCCAUCCAUCCAUCCAUCCAUCCCGUGGUGUGAUCAGGUCUGCUGGCCGCCGGGGAAGCAUGCAGGUGUCAGUGGCCCUCCUGGUCUCCAGCGCGGCGCUCCUGCUGCUGCAGGGAUGCUGCACGGUCGUGAAGGGAUGGAAGGUGCUGAAGAACGAUGCCACGGAGCUUUUACCGGAGUACACGGAGAACCCGCGGACGCCGCAGGAGGCGAUGCCCCAGCCGGCGAUGCCCCAGCCGGCCAACGGCAGCAGCAGCAGCAACAGACCGAACGGCGGCGGGCGGCCGCCGAACGCCGCUCCCUACAGUGCCUCGGAGCUGAGCUGCAGGGAGCUGCGCUCCACCCGCUUCAUCACCGACGGCUCCUGCCGCAGCGCCAAGCCCGUCCGGGAGCUGGUGUGCUCGGGCCAGUGCCUCCCCUCGCACCUCAUGCCCAACUCCAUCCUCCGCGGCAAGUGGUGGCGGAGCAGCGCCUCGGAUUACCGCUGCAUCCCGGCGCACUCACGCAUGCGGCGGGUCCAGCUGCGGUGUCCCAACGGCAACACGCGGACUUACAAGAUCCACGUGGUGACCUCCUGCAAGUGCAAGCGCUUCAGGCCCCACCACAACCAGUCGGUGCCCAAGGAGGUGCCCAGGAAGCAGCGCAGCAGGAAGCAGGACCGGAGCAAGAACAACACGCCGCUGACGGGCAACUCGUACUGAGGUUCCUCUCAGCGCUCAAGGACAAAGGCCCAAGCACACCCGUACUCAUGUUACCCAAAACGCAACCAACACAUCUCCUUCGCGCAGGGAGGAGAUUCAAAGAGAGCAAACUCAUAAGCUAACUGUAAGGCUGAUCCGAAGUCAUCGGUCCGUAGUGUCGUCAUAUUUGUAAACUUUGCUUAUUCGCAUGACAGGAUGAGUCAGCGCCACGACAGUGACUGCAGGAGGUGUCGAGCAGUGCCAGGCCUCCCUCGGCUUGGUUGUGUGUCUUCCACUAAACAGAUUUUGUGUGAUAAUAAAGCCCCCCGCCCCCUCCCCAAAGCCUUUAACUCUCAUUUGCGCGCACAUCCAGUGGAGGCAGACGUGCUCUGGCCCCCACCCCGAGUAGAGCUGCUCCAGAGCCAUCCAUCUCCUCUAACGCGGGGGAAACGGUGGCAGCUCUGGGGUCUCCGAUGGCGGGAUGCUGACAGGCGUCUGAGAGGCCCUCCGUUCCGGCAGCUCUCUGACAAGCGCACCAAAGCGGACCCCCCCUCCCCGAGACGUCGGGAGCCUGCAGAGGAGCCAUUCGCCGCGGUAGCGUUUCUCUAGACACCGGGAGUCAGGAGACAGUUAGAGAGACGAGGAGAGAGGGCAGACUUAUCAGUGCCAGCGCCACCGGGGCACAGGGCAUACUCCUGCGACUGCUCUCAAUUAGCCCAUUCCUGUGUCAGGAUUUGAGUCAUAAAAAGCUAUUUCCUCUAGACGCAGCCAGUUUCUCUCCGCUGGAAUCACACAGAAGGAAGGUGCACAUGGUGUGUAGGAGGCAUCCGAACGUGUGCGUGGUUAUGUUGCUGCCUUGGGGCAGAACGCGCUCCAACACACCCACACUGGAAUUCUUCUGCACCGGGCCAAACGGAGCAGUGAUGAAACCAUCCGCAGUCGAAAUCCAUCUGUUGCGAUAGCCCGCGGGACUCCAAACACCUUCACUCCUCUCCGCUGCCGCUCUGUAAAUAGCUCCGGCAGGAAAAACAGGAAUCAAAAUAACCGAAUGGAGACAACAAAACAGUGUAUUGAUUACUAAAACCCAGCGAGGAAGAGGAAGUGCGGGUACCCAGUCUGCCACGGCAGACGCAGCGUCCUCCUCCACCUCGGCCCGCAGAAUCUAAACAGAGUUUCCGCAUAUUGUCAGCUCGGCAUUGUGUCCCUGCUCGUCUUGCUUCCUGACUUCAGUCUAAACCGUGCUGGUAAACGUUUGCUUCCAUUUUAUUUUACUUUUCCAAGCGUGUGUCUGAAAUAGCAACUGGAAGGAGUUUAACUUGCAAGCUGAUUGCAUGAUUGUACAUAUCCUACCUGUGUGGUGCCCCGCGGGAGGAGCGGGGCGGGAGGGAGAGCCGUUUACUGCAGACGCAAGGAGGGACUGCGGGAAAGAAUGAACUGCAUAUUUAUUUUUUAUUUCCACAUUUAAAUUAUUUAUGCAACCUUUUUGUAGUAAAUGAUAGCCAUUAUUGUCAUAUCGUGUGAUAGAGACGUUGGAAGUGAAAAGCUGUACAGUACAUUGAAUAAAGUAAAUGCUGGUAUAUUUGAAUGA